AUGUAUCCUACCUCGGGCAGCAGAAGCGAUAACAUUAGUCGCGGUGAGGAGAAUGGCGCUGGUAGCAUUAGUGACGACCAUGCCGUCCACUACCGUGUCCGCCGUGCAACUCUGUCCGAGUCCCCCACAGCCGUAUCUCCCGAUUCGGACGAGGCGAGUAGCCACUCGACUGCGGAGUACGUCGGUGUACACUGCUCUGCACCUCAAAGUCCCGCCUCGGAAAGUGUUACCUCCUUCGACUUCGAACGAGGCUCGGCCAGCGAGCACAAUUCCUCGCCAUCUCCACAACCCUCGCUUUAUUCUUUGACUGAUUCAAUCAAGGAACGAUCUAUCCGCUGGGAGCAUGGCCGUCCAAUUAAUGCCCACUGUGAGCUAUACAAAUUUCCGGUAGACGAGGAAGAAGUCCAUCGGCUCGAUAAACUGCACCGCCUCCUCAAAGCGCUAGCCGGAGAAUACGUGCCACCAUUUUAUGAGGCCCUUGCAGACAACCAUGAUCUCUCCAAUCCGAAAACAUGUCUUGAUCUUGGCUGUGGUUCGGGUACCUGGUUAGUUUCGAUCGCAACCGCAUUUCCUCAUGUUUACUGCACAGGUGUUGAUCUUGUUCCUCUCCCGAGGCCUCGAAUUCCGUCAAACCUUCGAUUCGAGGUUGACGAUAUCAACCUCGGACUAGAGCAUUUUGCGAACCAAUUCGAUGUCGUAAACGUGCGAUUUAUAUCCCCUGGUAUCAAGGACUAUUACCGGUUAAUUAACGACGCGGCUCUCGCACUCCGAACACGCGGACUAGCGGAUUUCACGGAGUUCGAUUGGCGUAUGGCUCGUUCGGGAACAAGUCCCGCUCGCCACAUUCUUAGAACGACUGUUAACUCUGUCCCAACGCCCUUCUGCGCACGCUUCUUUGCUCUGGCGCGUCUGGCUGCGGUAAAGCGAGGUGCUCACGGUGACGCGGCCCCACUAUUACACCUCUGGAUGACUGAACAUCGCUCAUUCGAGGAUGUCGUGUAUCGCGAGCUCUUUAUCCCUUGUGGUGAUUGGCUACGCAACGAAGACGCACGGAGGCAUCCUACCUUCAGCAAUACAUCAGCAGAUGAAUUUGAAAAGCUUCGUUGGGCAGGUAAGGAAGGUGGCGAAUCCUAUCUCAUGUUCAUGUCGGCUGCACGUCCCUUAAUCCUAAGCACGGGUGUACCUGAAGAACUCGUCAAUUCAAUUAUGGCUCAAGCUUCUCAGGAAAUUCAUGAGGCUCGCACUCCGCUGUUUUUAUGCAUACAUACUGUAUACGCGCGGAAAAAAGAAAGGCGACAUUAA